CUUUUUUUUUCUCUUUCAGGGUGUUGUGUAUUUACGAAGGUGAAGACAAUCUUAUAAAAAGAAAUGCAAAAAGCCAAGCUUCCCGUGCGGCAGCUUGUUAUUCUGUCAAUAUGUCGCUUUGCCGAGCCACUCGUCUUCACCUCCAUCCUGCCCUACUUGCCUGAACUCAUCGAAUAUGUCGGCGUCCCCAAAACCGAAGUCGCCAAAUGGGCCGGCAUCUCCACCGCGGUCGCAUCCGUGAGCCAGGCCCUCAUGGCCAUACCCUGGGGUACACUAUCCGACCACGUGGGCCGCAAACCCAUCAUACUAUCAGGAUUAACCUGCACAAUGUUAAUCUCCAUUAUGCUGGGCAUGUCGCAAACCCUAACAAUGGUUCUAAUCUCGCGUGCCAUGAUCGGCCUGAUGAACGGUAAUGUGGGUAUCCUGCGCACGAUGGUCGCCGAGAUCGUUCCCCAGCGGGAACUCCAACCACGCGCGUUCAGCCUUAUGCCGCUCGUCUGGACGAUUGGGAGUAUCUUUGGCCCCGCGUUUGGCGGGGCUUUGGCGCGGCCGGCGGAGAAACAUCCCGAUCUUUUUGGCGGGAUUGAGUUUCUAAGACGGUAUCCUUUUGCGUUGCCGAAUCUUGCGUCAGCUUGUUUCUUUGUUGUUGGUAUUACGACGGGAUGUUUGUUUUUGGAGGAGACUCUUGAGUCGAAGAGGGAUCGGUAUGAUCCUGGUUUGGAAUUGGGGAAGGCCCUUACGAGACCGUGUUUGUCGAGUAGACGGCGGCAGGCUGAGUUGAAGGGCGUGGAUGAGGAGCGGACGGCUUUGCUUCCUGGUGGAACUCAGGUUCAAAAGAAGAUUAAGAAACCGGUGACGCGGCCGAGUUGGUCUGAGAUCUUUACUCCUCAGUCGAAACUGAUUCUUCUGUCGUAUACGUUGAUGUCCGGACUCAGUAUGGCCUUUGACUCGGUCUUUCCCGUCUUCCUGCAUUAUCCUGUUCAGGAUCUCCAUGAUAACCCGAAUGUGCAAUUACCAUUCAAAUUCGCCAGUGGGUUCGGUGUUGACGCCCCCCAAAUCGGCAUGUUCUACACCAUAAUCGGCGUCAUCGGCAUGUUCAUCCAAUUCCUCUGCUUCCCACCCAUCGCAAAGCGCUACGGAGUCCUAACAUGCUUCAAAUACUCCGCCAUCCUCCUCCCAAUAAUCUUCUUCAUAACCCCCUUCACCGCGCUCGCCCCCGAAAACGUCCGCAUCCCAGCCGUCCUCGUCCUCAUGCUGGCCAAACUGGGCGCAACAGUCUUCGGCAUCCCCUGCUGCACGAUUCUACUUACAAACUCCGCCUCCAGCAUGUCCGUUCUGGGUACUUUGAACGGUGUGGGCACGAGUGUUAGUGCUUUGGGUCGUGCGGCGGGUCCGGCGUUGAUUGGGGCUGCUUUUUCGUGGGGGAUUAAGAAGGGGUACGUUAUUGUUCCCUGGUGGUUGUUGGGGACGUUGGGGUUGACGAGUGUUAUUCCUGCUUUGUGGAUUGUGGAGCAGGAUGGGCCUUAUGGGGGGCAGAAGGAAGAAGAGGAAGAUGAGGGAGAGCAAGACGAGGUUUCAAUUGAGGAGCCUCGUGUUAAUGGAUAUGGUUCUGUUUCAGUGUCAUCGGUUGAUACUAUUAAAAAGGUUACUCGUGGAGAUUGA